CUGCGCGCGGGGCUCUCGCGCUCAGUGUGGGCUGAGCGGCGGUUGGCGGGAGUCCCGCGAGAGCCGGAGCCGGGAGCGCGCGGGGCCGGGAGCGCGGGCGGCGGCGGGGGCCGGAGCCGAGGCCGGACGGGAGCCAUGAUCCCCCCGGAGGAGGCGGCGGCGGCCGGAGCGGCCGGGGCCGGGAUCCCCCCGGAGAGGGCGCGGGGCCGGACGCGGGGCCUGCUGCGGGAUAUCCGCACCCCGGUGCGCCGGGAGCCCUUCCAGGAGCGCUACGGCCUGAGCCCGGGCCGCGAGCUGGGCAGAGGCAAAUUUGCAGUGGUGAGGAAAUGUGUCAAGAAAGAUUCUGGAAAAGAGUUUGCUGCAAAAUUCAUGAGAAAAAGGAGAAAAGGCCAAGAGUGCCGGACGGAAAUCAUUCAUGAGAUCGCAGUCCUGGAGCUCGCCCAGGGCAACCAGCGGGUCAUCAGCUUGCAUGAAGUCUAUGAGACCUCCUCAGAAAUGAUCUUAGUGCUGGAGUAUGCUGCCGGAGGUGAAAUUUUUGACCAAUGUGUAGCUGAGAGAGAAGAAGCCUUUAAAGAGAAAGAUGUUCAGAGACUAAUGAGGCAGAUCUUGGAAGGCGUCUCCUUCUUACACGCCCACAAUGUGGUUCAUCUUGAUCUGAAGCCCCAGAAUAUCCUCCUGACCAGCGAAUCUCCAUUGGGUGAUAUCAAGAUAGUUGAUUUUGGCCUUUCAAGAAUGAUGGAGAGCAGUGAAGAGCUCCGAGAAAUUAUGGGAACACCUGAGUAUGUGGCUCCAGAAAUUCUUAGCUAUGAUCCAAUCAGCACAGCAACAGACAUGUGGAGCAUCGGGGUCUUGGCUUAUGUCAUGCUUACAGGAAUAUCUCCCUUCCUAGGAGACAAUAAACAAGAAACGUUCUUGAAUAUCUCUCAGAUGAAUAUCAGUUACUCUGAGGAGGAGUUUGAUGUGGUGUCAGAGUCUGCCAUUGACUUCAUCAAAGCGCUUUUAGUGAAGAAGCCUGAGGAUCGGGCCACGGCCGAGGAAUGUUUGAGACAUCCCUGGUUAACCCAGGGCAGCAGCCCAGAGCCUCCCUUCCGGGUCAAGAGUUUAAUGGAAGAGCCCAGUGGCCCCCAGGAAGAGGAAGCUGCUGUGGCCGAGCCACUGGCUGAGGGGGAGAAGCUGGAAGCUGAGGAGUUGAUUGUGGUGGCUUCCUAUACACUGGGGCCCUGUCGCCAGGCGGAGAAAGAGAAGAGGGAGCCCAAGGUCAUCUCCAAGCGGUUCAAAUUUGAGGAGCCACCGCUGCUCCAAGAGAUGCCUGGGGAGUUCAUCUACUGAGCGGAGCGGGGCUUGGCGGCACCAAGGCUCCUUUGGAAACCACCCACAUUGCUUAUAGGCCAGGGCCGGCUAUCCAGUGUCCCAAGGAGGGGUCUCCUAGGCCCAGCGGACAGUCAGCAGAGGCUGCAGCGACGGUGCCUGAUUCGGUUUUUCCAGCCUGGUGAGCGGCAGUGCCCGCUAACUGUCGUGUACGGGGGUGGGGCUUGCACUUUGGUCUUUAAGCCGCUAGGUCCUGCUCUCCUUUUCCAGGACUCUCUAAAUGACGAAGUUUUGUUUUCUAGGGAAACGUCAAGUGCCAAUUAGCGCUCGAGAGAAUUUUGCCUUAGACGUGCGCUCACGCGAGGCAUCACUUUGUGCCAGAUGGGGUCCGUUUCAGUUUAGACAUUUUUUAGGGUCUUAAUUGAAUUUAAAGGCACAAGAUCUUACAUUGGUUCCUUUUUCUAAGAGUUAGAAAGCAGUACGGUUUAAUGGGAAGUGGGGGCGGGGGUCUUCCCGGUUUGGUUUCCUGUAAUUAGACCCUUUCCUGGAAUCGGACCCUCCACAAUGUGGGUCGUCAAUGAAAAAGCCUGCUUCGGGUUUGUUCCCCUCUCCCACCGCCAGGUUGAGAGGUGGUUCCACUCUGGGGGUUUAGAGACGGGAUUAGAGCCGUCCUAAUCAGAGUUUGUCCACUCUGCUCUUGUUCCCUCUCCCCUGCAGCCAAACCAAGCCAGUCUUACCCUUAGAGCUGCCAGUGCAGGGUCGCAGUGAUCUGAUCAGGACGGACGGGUGGUGGUCAGUGAGAAGACCCUGUUGACCUGCCCUUGGAGGAAGGGAGGGAGGGAGGGAGGGAGGCAGCUAAUCACAUCCCCUUGGUUCCACAGCCAUGGCUGCUCCCCUCUAGAGACUGUCAGGGGUGGCUCACUCUGAAAGAUGAUCCCACUUGUUAAAAUUGGUUUAGGCUGAAGGCAUAUUUGUGCUAAAAGCUGCUGGCUGAUGCCUGUGAUGCCCCUUCCAGCAGAGUCACCUCCUUUAAGCUGUUUGUUCUCCCAGCCUCCGUGUCUUAUGUCCUCUGGGAACCUGACGAUCCUUCUCCUUGUGUGGAGCCUCAGUCUUGUUCGGAGCCUUCUCCCUGCUCUCUUUCCUAUUUAAUUUAUUUUUCAAAGCUUUUGCUUCUUGGUGUCAUUUGACUGAAUUGCCCAGUGUCGGCAGUCGGCUUGGCUGGUGCCCUAGAGCACUGGGCCGACUAAGCAAAUUGGUUAUAUAGAGUCCAUUUCUACGCAGCUUCCUUGGGUGGAGCCUGCGACUGGCCAACUUCCCCAGAAGGGAGAAAAUGAAUGGGGGCUGGGACCAGGGGCCAUCGAAAGUAGGAGAGCCGAGUGUACGUUAGGCACAAGCCUCUCACCAUCAGAGGCACCAGUUGAACCUGGGUCUUUAAAAUGUUACCAUUAAAACACCCUCUUUAAUAAUGCUUGUGUGCAAAUCAUGAAUUUCUCAGAUUUUGAAGUGGCGGUACCUCGAUGGUACCAGAUACACAGCCAUCAUUCCAAUCUUCCCAUCCCGUGCGGGUUUCUGUUGUGAAAUAAACUUACUUAGCUCGAUCUGGUGAAUUUGCUGCAAGGCCAAGUCUCUUUUAAAUGGCUGCUUGGCAAUUUGCAGUGUUCUCCAUUCUGUUAAUAUUUUGUGCCUUAAAGUUUGGGUUUUUGUAAGUAUUUUUGAGUCAUUCAUAAUCUGUAUAAAGUUAUUAAAGUUUACUGGUUUGUAAGUUAUAAACAGUAUGAAAAGUCUUUAUAACAGACCAAUUAAAGUCAGUAUUUCUA